AUGAAGUGGCUGCUGCUGCUCAGUCUGCUGGCACUCUCUGAGUGCAUCGUGCACAAGGUACCCCUGGUCAAAAAGAAGUCCUUGAGGAAGAAUCUGAUUGAGAAGGGCUUGCUGAAGGACUACCUGAAGACUCACACUCUCAACCGGGCCUCCAAGUACUUCCCUAAAGAUGUCUUUGCCUCUGGUUCUACCGAGAGUCUGGAGAACUACCUGGAUACCGAAUACUUUGGCACCAUCAGCAUUGGAACCCCCGCUCAGGACUUCACCGUCAUCUUUGACACUGGCUCCUCCAACCUCUGGGUGCCCUCCACCUACUGCUCCAGUGCUGCCUGCAGCGUGCAUAACCAGUUCAACCCAGAUGACUCCUCCACCUUCGAGGCCACUAGCGAGACAAUCUCCAUCACCUAUGGCACUGGCAGCAUGACUGGCAUCCUGGGAUACGACACUGUGAAUGUUGGAGGCAUUGAAGAUACCAACCAGAUCUUUGGCCUGAGCGAGUCUGAGCCCGGCUCCUUCCUCUACUAUGCUCCCUUAGAUGGCAUCCUUGAUAUCGAUGACGAGAGUGGCAGCGUGGUCAUGUUUGGUGGCAUCGAUUCUUCUUACUACACCGGAAGUCUGAACUGGGUGCCUGUUUCCUAUGAGGGCUAUUGGCAGAUCACCGUGGACAGCAUCACCAUGGAUGGAGAGACCAUUGCUUGUGCAGAUGGCUGCCAGGCCAUCGUGGACACCGGCACCUCUCUGUUGGCUGGACCCACCAGUGCCAUUUCCAACAUCCAGAGCUACAUUGGAGCUUCUGAGAACUCAGAUGGAGAGAUGGUUGUCAGCUGCUCAUACAUGUACUCCCUGCCCAACAUUGUCUUCACCAUCAAUGGAGUCCAGUACCCUGUACCUGCCAGUGCCUACAUUCUGGAGGAGGAUGGCGCCUGCAUGAGUGGCUUUGAGGGCAUGGACCUCGACACCUCCACUGGUGAGCUCUGGAUCCUGGGUGAUGUCUUCAUCCGCCAGUACUUCACCGUCUUUGACCGUGCCAACAACCAGCUUGGCUUCGCUGCCGUGGCUUAA